UGGGGCGGGGUCUGAAUGGGGGCGUGGCGCUGCCCGGCUCCUCCCCAUCCUCGUCGUCGUCCUCCCUCGGGCGGGCAGGCCGGCGGAGGCAGGAGGAGAAGGAGCCGCGCCGCGCGGGUUGGGGCGGGGUCUGAAUGGGGGCGUGGCGCCGCCCGGCUCCUCCCCACUCCUCGUCCUCCCUGGGGCUGGCGGGCGGCGGGAGGAGGCGCCGCGGACCCCUCUCCGCAGGAUCCGGGAUGCACUGAGCGCCGGGUCGGAGCCCGCGUCGCUCCUGCGGACGGGCUCGGGCGCACCGCGGGCCAUGUCGGGCGGCCGGAGGCGGGGCGGCGCCCCCUGGCACAGCUUCUCCCGGCUCUUCGGGCCCCGAAGCGCUUCCCGGGACAAGGAGGAGGAGGAAGAGAGGCCGGGCGCCAGCGCGCCGCCCGCUCCGGGCCGGGGCGCCGCCAGAUUCCCCAAAGUGAGGACAAAAGGAACUGUGCUGAGAAGCCAGUCACUCUUCCAACGCCGGAAGGUUCCAAAAAGCCAAAUGACUUUUCCAGUUCUGCUCCAGAUGCCAAAAUAGGAGAAAGCGAUAGACAGCCAAAAGAAAGCUUUUUUCAGUUUCUUGGUACCUUAUUCAAUAUUUCAGGAAAAUCAUCUCUUGGGGAAGCCAAGCAAUCUUCUUUCAAAGACAACCAUGACAAAACUGAGAAAGAUUUACGAAAUCCCAGUGACCGGCAUGAGGAAGGGGUCAGAAGGGAGCAGGAGACUGUCAACGGCUCCCUGGGAGCCCAGGCACUUCCCGCAGAGGAACAGGAGUCCCAUGCACCUAAACUCUCAGACGCCUGUUCUUUGGAUACAACACAAGACAGUGAACAGGAAACCAGUGAUUUGUUAAAACAAAUGAAUGGUAAACUAGAGAGGCCUUCAGUAACAUAUGCAACGUAUCGAGGCCCCAGACAAAUCAGGAAAUAUUUGAGGCAACAGACUGCAUUAGAAACUGUGAAUGCCUUGGGCAGAGAAAAUGAAAAUUCUGACUCUAGUGCAAGCACAUAUAUUGGCCCUGGAAGUGACAUUGAAGCUGGGAUGGUGCCAUCAUCAUCAGCUUGCACAGACAUAGCUAUGAAAGGACAUUUGCUCGAGUGUCCAUUAGAAGACUGUGAUUGUAGCAAAAUAAAUCUCAGCACAGAAAGACAUCCGACAAACAACCCAGAACUGGAGAAUAUUUCUUCUUACGAGGAUGUCUUAAAUAAAAACGAUCCUGGGGGACCGGAGAGAAGUAGGUCAUCGCCGCCUUCUGUGACUAACUCCAGCUCCACUGCUGGAGAAUCUGACUCACAGCACCAUUUAAGUUGUGUACCGGUUUCUCAGACUGACAGAAAUUUGGAAUGUUUAGCAUUGUUUACAGGAAGUAACAGUAGUGAAGUUCCUUCCAGUCCAGACUUUCAGAGGAUAAUUACAACAGAAACUAUAAUAAAAGAAAAUAGCUCUGUGAUGAGUGAUGGGACAUUGGUGCACAGAGAACACCAUGUUGAGCCUGAGAGUCCUGGUGUUUCUGCCUUCUCUUGGAGUGAAGCUGAUGGAAGUGACACUACCAAACAGGAAAGUACACAUUUUCCAAGUUCAAAUAAACCAGUUAGGCAUGGAGAUCUGCGGUUGCCAGAGAGCAGGUGUUCUGACAAGCAGACUGUAGGGAACUCCUCAGAGCAGGCUGCCGGUCACAACAGCACCCCUGCUUUUCAGAUGCAGGCUGAGACAGACGCAGAACUUGUCAAUGAAGGAAAUAGGUCAUCUUCCCAAGACUCACAGGAAAAUUUGGUUUGUACAGAAAUCAGGCAAGAAACAGAAAGUGCCUCAGUUGGUGAACCCACAAUUUCAAGUCAUGUAAAAGCUCCAGAAGGUAGAAUUGAGUCAUUACUCAAAGAUAAUGACCAAUUGUUUAUAACAGAAGACAAAAAGCUUGAUUUUAGGCCACAUGGCAAAAUGCCUCAGGCUAUUAGAAUAAAUCAAAGGGACCCUGCCUCUGUAAAAUGUAUCAGUGAACCAGUGGUUGCAGCAUGCUUAGACAAUAAAAUAACACCAGAACUGAAUUUUGAACUUAAUAGAAGUCACAUUUCAGAAUCUAUUCUUGGCUCUGAGUGUCCUCAACAAGCCAAAGUCUCACCUGAUGCCAGAACAUCUCUUACCCAAGACUCUAAAGAAUCAAAUUUCACUGUUUCACCCCCUACCUUUGUCUCUGGAGUUGGCAUGCUGAGCAAGUUGGACAUUCCUCUUUUAAAGAAUGAGAGUUAUUCUUUGCUCAUUGAAACUGAGGAUGUCAACACUGGUGGUAUUUCCAAUCAGUCUAGUAAGUGUAAAGAAGAAAAUGUGGCAAAACAAGUCGAGGCUGCAGGAAGGCCUGCUUGCCUUCGCCUUGAGCAUGCAUCUGCAAUUCCUGAAUCCAAGAAAGUUCUUCCUGAUAGUGAAAAAUGCCAGGUUCCACUAGAUCUUAAAGUAAGUGACACCCACUUAACUGGAGUGGACUCGAGAUUUGAGUCUGAACACAUCUCUAAGGACUGCAGUUCCAUUUUAUCUCAACACCCUAAUAAAACAGAGUUAAUGCUUUCAAACACCAAAGCAAGUGAGAACACCAUAAAGAGGUCUGAUUCUCUUUCCUUGGAAACAAAAAGUGAUAACAUUGCUAAGAUUUUCUUAGAAGUUGAUGGUCAGUACAGUGUUCCUGUUGAGUCACAUUCUGGAAGAGGAAGAACUGUAGCUGUCUCUAAGAUAUCCAUUUCCCAAACAGAGCCCAGAGACAUUUCUCAGGAUACAGUUUCUUCUUCAUUCGAAAUUACAGAUGUGCCAGCAAAGCCUAUUUUAUCAGAAUUAACUUCCCUAGAGUUUGAACAGGACAAAAGUUUUCAAUUGAUAGAUCAUAAGGAGGUGACAGAGAAAUAUCAAAAUGCUGGCCUUAAAGAGAAUUGCCAAAUUGAGAUUUCUUCUUUGGCCUCCAAAUAUCAAGGUAUACAGGAAACAGAGGUAGAAGCCUUAGGUUAUCCUUCUGCUUUUCUCAAAAGUAAUAUAUCAGGGAUUUUACCUCCUGUUCGUGAUGAAAAUGUCACUAAGCAAAUGAUGCAAAAUUGUGAAGCCAGUGCUUGGGUGAUUUGCCAACCUUCAGAUAUUUGUGGGACUAAAAAGAUUUCUGGUUUCUCAGAAAUGGCAGAACUCAGCUUAACUAAUACUUCCCCAAAAUUCCAAGAAACUGACAACACAAAAGUAAAUUCACCUCUUCUGGGUUCUGAUACCAGUUUGGAAAAAAAGGCUUUUGCUUCUGAGGAUUCAAGCUUUUGUAAUGUUCCUUCUGAGCUGAGAUCAGAAAAGAAAGUCAUGUCUCUCAGAGAGAAAGAGAACCCUCAUUUCUUAAGUGGUGGUAUUGGUAGGGUGUCAUCUUCCUCUAGUUGCUCUGAAGAAGCUAGCAUGGCUGCACAUUCACAUAACCCUCCCAAUAAUUUUGGUUCUGUAAAAGUCACCACAGAUGUCACACAGGAAGGUGCCUCCUUAGCUAACCUGCUGGACCCUAACAGCUCUUAUUUGGAAUUUGAAACAUCUGUCUCAACAGAGGCCGAAGUGACUCCAUUUCAGGAAUAUGUUGGGAAUCCUCCUGGAAAGUAUCUCAAUUUCCCAACUGCUGCCCAAUUUGACAGUCCCAUGGAAGCUGAGCCUGGAGCAGUUGCUGAGCCUUCAGCGUCAGUUAACAGCUCAAGCCUGCAGUGUUCUGAAGCAUCUGCUGAGCACAUAGAAGCAAGGGGGAGAGCACAUGACCAACUUUUGGACUUCAAAUGUGGUUUACUUAAAAAGGCUGACACAUUGAUUGGUGAGAUUUUUAAUUCUGUCAGGGAGGAACUAAAAUCCAAACAUACAGUUGAUACCUGCCAGGAGCAUAUAGCCAUAGACAGCAUAAUGAAUCCAGGUACCCUGAAAGAAGACACCCCUGAGAAAAACCCACAAGAAGUGACACGGGCCGGGAUCCAGCUGGCGGAGCAUUUGGAAGAGCAGGUCAUGAAAAACAUGUCGGAAGUCCAAGGGGAAGAAAAAGCCCGUGUUUCACCUACAGCUGGUGAGAAGAGUCUCCUUUUUGAUUCUGAUAGAAUGAAUGUGUCUUGUUUGUUAGAAGAUCAAGCUAGGAAAUUAGUCAAUGAGAUUAUUUAUUCAGCCCAAGAAAGUCUGACAAAUGCUUUUGAAGAUACUAAAGAUACCUGCACUUAUGAACUUCAGGCUAACCCUUCAAAAAUCCUGAACAGUGAUGGUGGUAAGCCACAUGAUAUAGUCAGGGAGUUCUUGGUGUCAGAACAGGCAAUAAAUCGAAGCGCAUGUGAAAUUAGUGAAAAUAAAGCGUUAGGUAGAUUAUUCUCUGUAAGUAACUUAGUUAGUGACACAGAGUCUAUUAAAGGAAGAGAAAUAGUUCUCUACCAAAAAUCCUCAUUUUCUGGAAAUGGAGUGGGACAGUCUGAUAGUAUAGAUUUGCAGGAAUCAGAAACUGUUUUACUAGCUGAAGACACACCCCAUAAAGGGUUAGAUGAUAAUGUAAAAACACAUUUCUUUCUCCAAGAGGACUCUAAAGAUAAAAUGGAAAUAGAGUGUGUGGAUAAUCACAAAACUGGACGAGAGGAUACUAGAACUCUUGUAUUAAAUUUCAGAUGGCCUCCAUUUGCAAAUGAUGACAUCCAUGUGCCUGGGACAUCCAAAAGCAGUUUGUCUGAUAGUCUUGUAUGUGUAUCUGAAAAAACCUUGCCAGGACAUGGUAAUAAAAGUACACCCCUCACGAUGUCUGAAGUAGGGAAAGUACAUAAGAUGGAUACUGAAGUAAAUAUGGGAAAAAUUGAGCUUAUACCUUCCAUGUUAGAAAUGGGAAAAACAUAUAAAAAGGAUGCUGACUUGAAUAUUAUGAAACGUGAGGCAGUCCCUCCUAUGUCAGAAAUGGGAAGAGCACAUGAAAAGGAUGCUGAAUUGAAUACCAUAAAAACUGAGCCCAUAGCUGACAUUUUUAAAAUGCGUGAAGCGUACCAAAUAGAUUCUGAGAGGUAUAUUGAAAAAACUGAAGGAUUACCUACCAUACUAGAAAUGGAAAAAGGUUGUAAAACAAGGGAUACUGAAAGGGAUAUUGGCAAAAGUGAUGUGAUGCCUAUUAUGUCAGAGGUGAAAAAUGUUCACCAAAAAGAUGCUGAGGUAAUUUCUGGAAAGACGGAAAUAAGACCUGUUAUGUUAGAAAUGGAAAAUAUUUACCCAAAGGAUGCUGAAGGGGAUAUUGCAAAGACUGAGAUGACACCCGUUACAUUAGAAAUGGAAAAUAUUUACCAGAAGCAUGCUGAAGGGGAUGUUGGCAAGACUGGGGUGACAUCGGUUAGGUCAGAAAUGGAAAAUAUCUACCAAAAAGAUGCUGAGGGGAUUACUGAAAAGGCUGAGGUGAUACCUGCUACAUUAGGAAUGAAAGAUUCUUACCCAAAGGAUGCUGAAGGGGUUAUUGCAAAGACCGAGGUGUCAUCUGAUAGGUUAGAAGUGGAAAAUAGUUACCCAAAGGAUGCUGAGGGAGAUGUGGACAAAUCUGAGGUGAUGCCCAUUAUGUUAGAAGUGGGAAAUAUCUACCAAAAGGAUACGGAGGGGAUCACUGGAAAGACUGAAAGGCCUAUAUCGGAAAUGGAAAACACUUACCAAAAGGGUGCCGAAAGGGUGAUUAGGAAAACUGAAGUGGUACCUUUUGUGUUAGAAGUGAAAGAAGCACACAAGAAGGCAGGACCUGCCUCCUUAGAAAUUGGAAAAGCAUGCCAGAGAGAUGCUAAAGAGACAAGCGGAACGCUUGUGCCCAUGCUCUCUGUGUUAGAAAUGGAAAGAACAUCCCCAGAAGACUCUGACGGGACUAUCAGGAAACACAAAGAGUUGUCUACAGUCGUAAACAUUGAGAAAACGAAUGAAACAGGUCUGGAAUUGCCCAUUACACAAGCAGAGGCCAUGCCUCCCAUAUUUGAAGAUGAAAAAGCAUCCCACGAGUAUACUGAAGUGGGUGUUGGAAAAAUGGAGGAAGAGCCCACUGGAAUAAAGGAAGGCUUAAUGGUGCGUGACAGCAGACUCACCUCCUAUUUCAGGGGAUAUGAAUCACCUACACUAAGUAAGGAUUAUGAAGGCUACCCAUCCUUAGCAAUGCCGAAUUUUCAACCUGAGGCCAUAAGAAUGCUUGACAAAAAAACAUCUGUUACUGCAGUAGAUGACAAAACCAGAGAUCUACAUUAUAACAAGGAAAGAGAAGACUCAAACUUAGCCUUCGUUUCUCAGGAUGAACAAGAAAAUUCUUCCUUUACUAUCUUAUAUGAGGAACCCCUCCAAGAGGAGGACAAACAUGCUACCACAGAAGUCAGAAGGACACACUCGCUCUUGUUUUCUGAUACUUCUGCUGACAGCAUGCCUGUUCUUGCAUGUGAAAGGUCUGAGAGCAGAACUGACCUCGUCCAUCAUUUUGAAAAGGAUACUAAAUUAGGUGAGACAUUUGGUAGUGAUAGUUCAGAAGUGUUCUUAUCAGUGGAGGCUAAAAGGUACAAAAUUUAUCCCUUAGCCUUGUCUCCCAUUUAUGAGGAUGACAGCUCUCAGGAGGACAUUCUGUCCAGUGAGGUGUCACCUGGACAUCACGGCUCCACAAAAUCAAGAGAGAGUGCAAACCAGCCCUCUUCUGUCUUAUCACUUCUCCAGUCAGUAUCAGAGCGUCUGAAGAUGAAUUUUGAUGAAGAUGAUGGACAGGAGGUAGGAGGGGAGAGGGAAGAGGAGGAGGAAGAGGAGGAGGAGGAGGAGGAGGAAGAACCAUUGCAUAAAGGAAGUCUGAGAGCUAGAAGGAGGGAAGCCAUUACCUUCAAGCUGCCAGAUCCUUCCAUCACAUUUUACCCUGAUGAUGACCAGGAAAGGACUGGACUUUCUAAGAAUGCAUAUGUAAUGUCAAAUGAACCUACUACCUCUAAUCUGCAAAUUGGUCUGUGGCCAGAAAAGGCCUUGUUUCUACAAAAAUCUGACCUUACUUCUAAGUUACAUUCUUCUUUAAAGAGUGCUUAUCAUCAGUAUUUACAGACUUCCAAAACCCAUUCCUUGGAAAAAGGAGCCAGAUUUGGUGGGAUUUUUCAUGAACCAGCGUCAAAAUACUUCCAUGCUCAGGACAACUCAGGCAGAUUAAGCCCGUUCACGGAGAAUGUUGACAGACAAACUCUGAAGUGUAACCCAAGACCUGGGAAGAUGGUUGUCUAUGAUCUCCAGGGAAGUAGAUAUAAACAAGAGAUCUACUGUAAUAUUCCUGAUGCUACAUCAUGGUCCUUUCCAAAUGGAGUACUGAUAAAAGUUGUAAGGGGCUGCUGGAUUUUAUAUGAGAAACCACAUUUCCAAGGUCAGAAGUGUGUGUUAGAAGAAGGGGAAAAGGUGUUAAAUAAUGACUGGGCCCUUCAACACAGAAAUCGUCCACAGAGAAGCUUUGUAUUCGGUUCUGUCAAACGUGUCUUAAAGGAUUGCAGCAUUCCCGAGAUAGAACUUUGCCCACAGUCUGAUCCAGCAUGUUGUCCUGUCUACCUACAGCGAGCUGUCCCCAAUUUGGAAGAGCUGAACAUCCCCAAAUCUGUGUCCUUCACUGUGAAGUCAGGAGUUUGGCUUGCCUACCCAGAUAUUAAUUUUAAGGGGCAAGCUACAGUUUUGGAGGAAGACUGCGGACUCUUUGAGAUUUCUGCAGCAGAAAUGAAAUCGUUGCAUCCACUUCAAAUGGGUGGACUGAAAGUGGAAAUGCCUAUGAACUUGAAGGUUAUUAUUUAUGAAAAACCUCACUUUCAUGGACAAGCCAAAGAGUUUAGUGAACAUAUAGAUUCUGUCCCUAAUUUUUUAAAAGAUGAUGGGGAUUUUCAUGGAAUUGGAUCAAUUCGUGUCAUUGGUGGAGUGUGGGUUGCCUAUGAAAAAGAACAUUUUAAAGGCCAGCAGUUCUUGCUUGAAGAAGGAGAUUUCGAAGACAGUAAUGCCUGUGGAGCAUUAAGUGGUCCCAUCCUGUCUUUCCGGUAUUUACAAGCUAAUUUUAUAGAAUCUUCUAUCAUGCUGUUCGAUUCUGACCUAGAAAGUGGGAAGUUUAUUGACAUUACAAAUCAGGAAGUUUCUGACUUAGAAGAAAUUGGCUUUGGCAGUGAAACAAGAUCCGUUCACGUUAAAAGUGGCGUAUGGGUUGCCUACCAGCAGAAGUUCUUCUGUGGAGAACAAUACAUUUUAGAGAAAGGGAAAUACAAAUGCUUUUUUGACUGGGGAGGAUCAAAUAAUACGAUCAUGUCAAUACGACCUAUCCAACUGGAACCACUUGGGAUAAAUGAACCUCCACAUUUGCUCAAAGCAUUCAGUAAACCCAGCUUCCAAGGUGAAUGUAUAGAUUUUACAAAAGAGAUUUCUGAUUUGACUUCAUUCACUCCAUGUUCUUUUAAAGUUCUUCGGGGUUGCUGGCUCCUGUAUUACCAAGAGGAUUUUUCUAACAAUCAGUGUGUGUUAGAAGAAGGCCUCUAUGCUGACCUCACUUCCUGUGGCUGCCCAACAUCUAGAGUCAAAUCUCUCAAGCCCAUUGACUAUGUUUUUGAAGAACCCUCCAUCAGCCUUUUUGCUCUGGAACAUUGUGAGGGAAGAGAGUUACAUCUAGAAGAGGCUGUGAACUCUGUUCUGAACAAGGACCUGCACUUCUACACCCAGUCAGUGUGGGUGAAAAGUGGACUGUGGAUAGCUUAUGAAGGAUCCAAUUUCUUGGGAAGACAGAUCCUCCUCGAGCCUAAUGAAAUCCCAAAUUGGACAGCAUUCAGUGGAUGGAAAACAGUUGGUUCCCUCCGUCCUGUGAAGCAGCCUGCGGUGUAUAUUAGAAUAAAGAACCGAGCCCAGGAUGAAUAUCUGACAGUCACUGGAAAUGCAGCUGACACAAGGGCCACGUCUGUGUGCGUCUCUCCCUACAGUGGAAAGAAUACUCAGAUCUGGUACUACUGUCGAGGACUCUUUAAAUCCAAGGCCAAUGACACAUGUCUCGAUGUGAUUGGUGGUCGGGACACACCCGGAGCUAAAGUGGCCCUGUGGACUGAACACGGGCACUUCAGGCAGAAGUGGAGACUGAACAAAAAUGGAACCAUCAGCUCCUAUCUCAGUGAUCAACUUGUCCUUGAUGUGAAAGGAGGAAAUUAUUAUGACAAGACUCAUGUAAUUGUAAAUCAGUCCAUGGAGGGAGAAGAAACACAGAAAUGGGACAUUGAAAUAUUGUAAGAAUCCACAGCGUCCCUAGAAAGAGCAAAGGAAGAAGGAAGCUCACGCCCCGCGGAAGCGAAGUCCCCAUCCACACGCUCCUGAUCACUGGACAGAACCAAGCUCCAAGACCACUGCUCUUACCCACAGAAAAGCUCAAAGCACUUGCCAAUUAGUCAGUGUCCCGUGAAGCAUACGUUAUGAUUGCUGGGAAAGGUUCAUUCCUGCGUGAUCUCCAGUUUUGGUGACCAUGUUUCCUGCAGUCUAUGUUUUUUCUCUCCUAUCCACCACACACGAAUCCUAUUCCUAACAGCCAUGAUAGGACACUGGAGGCGCUGUCAUCGUGUAUUAGUUUUUAACAUCCUGGUAGAUGCGUCUGUGAGUGCAAGGCACAGGGAAAUAAACCCCUAUAGAUCAAGUUAUACUUUUGCAAAAAGAUGAGUAAUUUUUUAGCAAUAUCUGAAAACAUAUAUGCUGUUAGCUGCUGCAUUCGUUAAACUUAAAGGUUCUCUAUUGAGGCUUUUCUAAGUAUUCACACUUGUAACUGACCCCAGGGAGGGACCUCAGCUUUGUUAGGAAAAAGGCUCAAGUACUAGAGUAUUUUCUGUGGCCCUUCUUUGCUCAGUCCUUCAAACUAAAAAAGCACAAACAACUGUGGCCAUUCUUGCACUCUAAGUAUUAACAAAGGCACCCUCACGGGUGACAGGAUGCUAACCAAUGGCUACCUCUCCUGGUGCUGAGACCUCCCUCUAGAUCUGCCUGAUCUGUCCUCAAGAAGUGUUUAUAAAGACUGUUUCGCCUAUGUAUAAGAGUACUCAAAUUUUUCUUUGCCUGAAGUAAAGGGAAAUUUCAAAUGUUCAGAUUAAAACCAAGUAGCAAUUGAGCCUUGACCAUACCAUUUUAUUUUUCAAGUAAAGGUGGAGUUGAUUUAUCUACGCAAUGACAGAAAACUCUGUUUUUCACUCCCAUUUUAAAUAGCUUUGAUUUAAGCAAAAUCAGGUAGGAUAUCAUCUUUGACUUAAUUUCAAGUAAUCAUUACCAGCUUUAACUAUGCAACUCAUAAGCAUUUUUCUCUCCUGAGUUGGUUUUAAACUCAGAUUGAAACAACUGUUGUUCCCUUCAUCCCAACAUGUCUACUCUAUUUUUAUAUAGAAAGAUGAAAUACACCACUGAUAUUUUUUAAAAUAUCUAUAUGCACUUUAGAAUUUAAAAUAACAGUGAGUUGUUUAAACUCAAAGACCCACUAUUUUGAGUAUUUUUAAUAGAGACUUGGUCUUUCCAUGUAAGUAUUAUUAGUUUUUUUCCCUUCAAUCUCAGGCUUUUUUGUCAUCUUUCAAGCAGCACCUGUAAACUCCCAUAUGCCCAUAGAUGUGAGUGCCUCUCACUGGUGUGGCAGUAUUAUUUAAUGAAACUUAUAGGGGUAACUUUAUUUUAAUGGGGGUGGGGGGUUUGUCUAUAUGCAAAGGUAUGUAUAUUUUCAUUGUAAAAAUCCAAGUUAAAAUUAUUUUUCUUUGUGUUAAUUGUUUAAAAUUUUUCUAGAGCCAAUGAGGCUCUUUAAAAAAGUUAUUUCUUCCAAAGAACAAAGACAAAGCCAGGUAACAACAACCUUUAAAUUUAAAUGAUACAUUUAUUGGAAUUGUGCCUUUUCUACCAGACUGGAUUAAAUAAACUUGUCUUAAAGUAU